GUUUUCCGACAGGACACAAAAGCAGCAUAAACUCCUCCUCCUUCUGUCAGAGCGGGAAGUUCAGAUGUUCGUCUGGUUUAGCUAACGUACCACAUAUCUCGGUGCCCCGGCUGCUAAUUCAACACAAAACUCACUUGUGAGGAAUCUUAACGAAGGAGAGCUCUGAAAUCAUGUCCAGUAACGCCGAAGAGAGGAGCAGCUCUGCACCCAAGUGCUUCGGACAGUGUACCUACACAGCUGAUGAGUACCAGGCGGUGCAAAACGCUCUGCGCCAGAAGUUGGGACCAGAGUACAUCAGCACCAGAGUGGCUGGGGGAGGACAGAGGGUGUGCUAUAUUGAAGGGCAUCGUGUAAUCAGCUUGGCUAAUGAGAUGUUUGGAUACAACGGAUGGUCUCACUCCAUCUCUCAGCAGAACGUCGACUUUGUCGACCUCAUCAAUGGCAAGUUUUAUGUCGGAGUCAGCGCGUUUGUCAAAGUGCAGCUGAAGGACGGGUCGUUUCAUGAGGAUGUAGGGUACGGAGUCAGCGAAGGACUGAAGUCUAAAGCUCUGUCACUGGAAAAGGCGAGAAAGGAAGCUGUCACUGAUGGCAUGAAGAGAGCGUUAAAAUGCUUCGGUAAUGCUCUUGGAAACUGCAUCCUGAAUAAAGAAUACCUCCAAGCCAUUAACAAGAUCCCCAAAGAGCCUCCUCCUCCUCUAGACCCAGCCCAGACUAAGCGCUGUGAGGGCGAGCCAUCAGUGGAGAAGGCCCGGGUCUCCAGUCUGGUCCAGGAGGAAAAGUGUGUAUGUGCGGUUGUUUCUGGCAGGAAGCCGCUGGAGCCCAGAGUCCUCAAUCAGAACCAGAACUGUUCGGAUGUUCAUACUCCUAAUACUGCUGGCUCUGCUCCCAGCAGUGACCAUGAGAACGUCUGCUCCAGACCUGUCAUGGACUCGGUGGACGUUGUCGGGUCUGAAGCGCAUUCAGACCCCAAACAGUUGAGGAAACUCCGACAGCAGCAGCUUCAGCAGAAGUUCAGGAGGGAGAUGGAGGCAAAGAGGCAGCAGCAGCACCAGGACCCGGCCAAGUCUGAGGGCACAGAUGUCACUAUUGGACGAGGAUCCAGUGGAGGUCAUGAAGGUGUAUCAGCGUUCAGUGACGACACCUUGGCUGGACACAGGAAGCCCAGCAGCAGGGAUGAGUAUUUAGCAGAUGAUCCUGAGUUCUGGGAUUUCACUCUGGAUGGGAUUGAAGAGCUGGAUGUCCCCGCAGGCGCCCCGUCCACCAGAGGACUCCGGCCCGGAACGCCCGGGAAUCACCAGAUGCAGACGCGCAGUAAGACCCCUCAGAGAGCUCCUGGCAGACCUACAGACGAGGCCUCGUCAUACAGCAGAGGACAGGACCAGUCCAGAUUUCAACAUCCGUUCCAGUAUCAGGCGAGAACAGGUGAAGCUGUCAGUCCGUACAGACAAGGACAGUACCUGAAGAAACGCCGACUGGACACUUGAAAUUUGAUGUUGCUCUUCCACAGCUUCCUGAACACUUUAUAGAAUCCAGCCAUGAUUUUCUUUUUUUUAUUUAUUUCAGUGUAGACAUUAAGUUCAUUUUGCUAUGAAUUGCUGCUAUGUCCAAUAUUUGGAGAAAUAUUACCUGGUUUUGUAAAAAAUAAAAGCAUAACCACAUAAAUCAGU